AUGGAUAAUUUGGUAGGAUAUGAAUCAAGUUCUUCAGAUGAAACAGAAGAAAGCCCACCAAAGGUAACUUUACUUCGAUGUUUUGCCUACUUUUUCGAUUUGUUAAAGAUGUUAUGAAUAGUUUUUAAGUCUUAUAAUGUUACAGAAGAUCAGACUAGAGUCUGCUGGAACGUCGAACAGUAGCACACCUCAAGAAAGGCAAAACGAGCCGACGGUAAAAUAUUCAGAGCCAGAGGCGCCCACAAGAAAGAGUUUUAGUGAAUCUACACCUCCUAACAGGUCUCCUUCAGGUAAAUUUAGUUUUUCUUUUUGGUUUUUGCUUUUAGAUAUCACGUUUUUGGACUUGUUAGAAAGAAUGUGUUUUAUCUUACUAAUAAUAGCGAUUUUGGGGUUAUUUAUGAUCCUUAAGUUUGUUUUUCGAAGGCAAAAGACGUUAUCUAUCUAGUGUAAUGUUUUUAUUCGUUUAAAAACCAUGUUUAUAGAUUCUUGUAAUCCUAGCGAUAUUGUUUUUUCUUUCAUUACUUAGAAUAGAGUCUUUUCUAUCUUUUAAACAUAACUUGCUGUAUUUGUACAGCGCUUGGAGGUAUUGUCGAGCUCAAACGACGUGACCUAUCUAGAGUAAUGUUCUCAAAUCCUAGAAGUUUCCAAUCAAAACGUUUUCAGAAGAUGAAUCAGAAGCUGAAGAAAACCGGUUGAUAGCUGAAGGAGGGGCAUUGUUGGCUGUGGCAUCAAGUGCUGGCUCUAAUUGUCCCACACCGAGUAGGGAUUCAGAAGGUGAAAACGAAGAAAUUCGAGAUGAUUUGAUAGCAUUACCUCCUUCUCCAACGUCCGAAGUUGAUCCAGCUAUUGCGGUAAGAUAUUUAAAAGGUUUAUUGCGCUAAAUAUUGUUUGUUUAGGCUUUAUUUUUUGUUGGAGGGAAAGUUAUAUUGUAGUAGACAUAUGAUGGUUUUGUUGGAUCGGAUUGAAUUUUUAAGACAUUUUUAUAGUGUUUUUAGGUAGAAAAUGAUGUUCUUUUUUAUAUUAUUCACAAAAUUUCAGGCAAAGUUCAGAAACCUAUUCGAAUACAAGGAAAAGCGCAAUCUGGAUAUGAACAAGGUGUUGACCAACCGAAAAGACUUUAAGAACCCAUCAAUGUACGAAAAGCUGAAAGAACAGUUUGACAUAGAUGAAUAUGGGACGAAUUUCGAUAAAACGAGGAAUGAGUUCUUACAGUUUGAAGAGGAAGAUUACUAUGAUUCGCUAUCAGAGACACAAGCCAAAAUGACGGAAAAAGAGCAAAAUAAGAGGAAGAAGGUGUAG